AAAAUGACUAAUCAAAUUUUUCAUAAAAUAGAUAAAUUAGUAAAAAUAUUAAACGAAUAUUAAGAAAAAUAAUAAGUACGCUAGAAUAUAAGAAAUAAAUAUUUAAAAUUAAUAUUAGAAUAUCUAUUUAAACAACCUAAUUCAAUUAGAGCGCCAUUAAAAAAAAGUUAAAAUAAAAUCUAAUGGAUCAUCAAUACAUCAAAACCAAAGAAAGAUAAAUGGAACACAAUCGUAAGGAAUCAAACAUAUUCCAGUAUUUGAAAAAACAUUUAGAACGAAAAGAGACGAAAAGUAACCAAGUAAUAAAUGAACUAUUAAAACUACAACAUUCAGUAAAAAAUGUAGAAAAUAAAAUAUAAUUAUAGGAAGAGAAUUAGAAUUACUAAAUUUAACUAAUAUGAAACAUCUCCAAUAUAAUAUUAGAGAAUUAAAAGAAGAUUUAAUAUGGGAAAUUAGACAACAUCACCAUGUAAGUGAACUAAAUAUAACAUUCUCAUAUUAUUUAUAUCAAGAUAGAACUCAUAAGAUAUAUUUUCUUCAUAAAAUUAUUCAAUUUUACGAACACAUAAUGAUAAUUGAAAUACUUAUAAAGAUAAUUGAUUCUAAAUUUUCUAUUGAAAAAUAGAUUUGCUAUCAAGUAUUCAAAAGAGGAUAAUGAUAAUUGAAAAUGCUACAACAUUCUUCCAAAGGGUGAACAUCGGGAGGUAGUCACCUACUUUGACAUGGAGAUUCUCACCAACCUACUUUCACAUGAGAAGGUUAACUUGUCAUACUUAAUCUUUACAUACAUGUUUGCUAUUGCAGAAAAUUCAAACAUAAAUCUUCUCUAUGGGAUGAUCCUCACUUUGCUAUUUGAGCAUUUUAAUGUGGAUUUAAGUGGUGAGGUUGGCUUAAGAGUUUCAAGAAAGGAGUUCUAUAUAGUUACAUCCCUGAAAAAAUGGGAUUUGAGCUGCAUGAUGGUGAGUAUGCCCGAGCAUACAAUCCUCAUGUAGUCCAUGGUGGUGGUGAUGAUGAUGUUGGUGAUGGUGAUGAUGAAGAGUCUGGAGACGAGCCAAUGGCCCAGCCAUAAAGUUCAACUCCACUAGUCACCAUAUAAGGUAUAUGGGACCGCAUGGAUGGCAGGUACGACUAUAUGGGACAAAUGUCCACCCAGAUGACUGACAUGUACGAUUACAUGGGGGCAGAUGACCACCUAGAUGAGCAUAUUGCAGCUGACUGUAACAGAGAUGCGAGGCGAGUUCCACUUUUUCAGUGGAAGAUACAUGCAUCGCACCACAUCUGUCUACCAUAAUGCGAGCACCACCAAUGAGAAAAAUGUGGAUGAGUGAGAAGGGGGAGAGAUGUAGGAACUCCAUGAUUUUAGAUUGUGUUCUUUUGUUGUUUUGUCUUAAAAACCAUUUGGUUUGAACUUUGAAACAACUAUGAUCGUCAAUUGAUGUUAUGUGAUUUUUAAUUUUAGGUAUGUGUGAACAAUUAUGAGUUGUGUUUUAUUGUAUUUCUUGUUAGUAUGUCGAGUUGUUAUGUUAUGAAAUUAUGAUUUCUUGAUAUCAUGAUUGAGUAAUGAUUUUGUUGGUUUCAAACGUAAUUUGUACGAGCAAACUAACACACACAUCGACAUACAUAAAGCAAAAAAGUUGAAGGUUAUACGUUGAUUUUCCUAUACGAAGUCCACCUUUUACUAUAUGCGGUCGACCGUGAAACCAAGAAUUUGGAUCUACGUUUCACGUUAAUGGGAAUGGAUGAAUAGAUAGUACUUUAGUAUUGUACCUGGUCGACCGCUUGUUGUACUUUACGGUCCACCAUUUUGCUUCUGACUAAAUUGAAAGGUCGACCGAAAAUUUAUAGGGGUCGACCAUUAAGGUAUCGACUAACUAAACACGGUCGAUCACCAUGCUAUGUAAGGUCGACCGUGAGGUUUCAGCAGAGUGACCACGAUGGUGAAUUUGGUCGGCUGCGGGUAGACAUAGGUAGACCGAAAAGUGAAGUUAUGUUGACUUGCAAGGCACCAUAGGCGCACCGCACCCUAAAGUUAAUGGCUAUCCAGAUUUAUGGACUUUUUUCAGAAAUAACAUUGUUAAAAAAAAAAUACAAAAUACCACCCAAACCCAAAAAAUUCCAAAAAUACCACCCUUUUUCGAAAACCGCUAGGUGGGGGCGCGGUUUUUGACGAAAACCGUUUGGCUACGGGGCGGUUUUGAAAACCUCUGGGUGGUACGGCGGUUUUGGGCCAAACCGCCACUCCACCCAGAGGUUUUAGUCCUUUUUUUCGAUAAACUCUUAACUUGUGCCGAAACUUAAAUAUAAAGCGCGCUGUUUUCGACGAAAACCGUUUGGCUACGGGGCGGUUUUGAAAACCGCUGGGUGGUACGGCGGUUUUGGGCCAAACUGCCACUCCACCCAGAGGUUUUAAUCUUUUUUCCCCGAUAAAUUAGGGAGGCUUGAUUUCUAAUUAUUCAUCUUUUCCUGGAAAGCACGCCGCGCCACGCAGCGUCAAUCCAGAAGCAAGAAUAUUAUUUUGGUCGAAGGAAACAAGAAGUUUCAUUUCUUUCCCAAACAUUCCGCUCUUCUAAUAGUCUCCCCGUUCUCUACCUCCUCCGACCAAUACCAAUCCCCCGCUCGCACUCGCCCGGAUCCACAUUUCCAGUUGUGAAGGAAACAAGAACAACGGCCCCCGCCUCGCCGCCAUGGAAUCUUCUUCUCCGGCACGGAACCCCAAUCACCCUGGAGGAGGAGAUCUGCAGCAGCGCUACCAGAACGUCGUCGUAAUGCGGCACGGCGACCGGAUGGACAACUUCGACGAGAACUGGACCAAGACCGCCGCCAGGCCCUGGGACCCGCCGCUCAUCGACGCCGGCCUCACCAGGGCCUUCGACACCGGCCGCCACUUACGGGCUAGUCUCGAUUUCCCCAUCCACCGCGUCUUCGUCUCCCCGUUUCUCCGCUGCGUCCAAACCGCCGCGCAGGCUGUGACAGCUCUCUGCUCCGCUGACGGCGUCGCUAUCGAUCCCUCUAAAAUCAAGGUGGCCAUUGAGUUCGGAUUGUGCGAGAUGUUGAACACGGAGGCCAUUAAACCCGAAUGCGCUCCUCCAAGUGGAGAUUUUGCCUUCAAUAUCCCGGAGCUGGAGGCAUUGCUACCAGCUGGGGCAGUGGAUCACACAGUCAAACGGGUAUAUGAAGAGAUGCCCCAAUGGGGAGAAUCAGUCGCGGCUGCCAGAACUAGAUACACUGAAAUCAUCAAGGCUCUUGCUGAUAAGUACCCUGCUGAAAACUUGCUGCUUGUAUCUCACGGGGAAGGAGUUGGAGUCUCGUUCUCUGCAUUUUCAGUCGAUAAGACUGUUUAUGAAGUGCAGUACUGUGGGCAUACCGAGUUAAGGAGGCCGGCCCAAGGGGGAGAGUUUGAGGUGAAGGGAUCCAAUGGCAUCCUUUACUGCUCUACAAGGACUUGAAAAAAUAAUCAGAACCAACCGGGGUUGCAGAUAGAUAUAUAUUGGUGCAUUUGAGCUGAGUGACCUCAUCAUCUGGAGUUUCAUUUUGUGAGCAGGACUAACUCAACUACAGUCGGUCAGUCUUACCUCACCCAUUUAUAAUUUGCUUGAACUAUGCAAGUUAGACGACAUACUGAGAAAUUGGUGUUUCUUUCUAUUUUCCCUUGUUCAUUUGUUAACUCUGGAAUAACAUUGCAAAUAAAGGAAGCGUUUCUGAAGUUGUUUUGUAUGCGUUUUGGGUAUCGGAUGUGUGAGGAAUUGGCCUUGGUCGGGAAACUUUUGUAGUACUAAGAGAUGCAUAUUGGAAGGUAUGGUUGUGUAGUGACGUUCAUGGAACAGAGGCUCGACAGAAUCUGAUUGUGGUUGUGCCUUGGUAAAAUUUUUGUGACGUUCAGGUUGGUUUUCUCAUGAACAUUGAUCUCUUUUUUGGGAUUGCUUCUCAUGUUGCUCGGAAGAGAUCCUGGAUUUUGUUGGGCAUUUUGAAGCACUAGAAAGGAAGCUAAUUGGCACUUCAAAUUCUGAAGGGCUGCCUCCUGGCCUCUCAUGUAUGCUCGAAGCUCAUCAUCAGUCACUCAUGCUAGAGGAUUAUGAGGGUUCUCGUUUUGUUCCUUGAAUGGUGGUCUCCUAUUCAAUCCUAGUGGUACUAUAUUCAGUUUCCUUACCCAUUUAAGAUUGGGUGGAGCCUUACCCAUUUAAGAUUGUAUAUGUUCGAUUUGGCGAACUUUUGGUUUGUGACGCUCCACGCCGAUUUUUUUAGAAAUUCAAAUGAUAGGUUUCCAAAACCAAAAUACAAGGUUUUUUUUUUU